AUGUCUCUUACCAAUCACAUACUCAACAACAACGCCCCUCUCAUUUAUGCGUAUCAGGGAGAAAUCACGCUGAGUUAUAUUGAAGCAUUGACCAUCCUUAUACACUGGGUCAUUGGCAGCCGAUGGAGGCUACCGCGAUUUGUAUUCACUGUUGCAAGAUAUACUUCGUUUCCUACGCUUGUAGUGACACUAGAUGGUGCGCAUGACUUCUAUGUGAUGCCUGAGUCCAAUAAUCCCGAACCUAAAUACAUUCGAAUAGCCUUGUAUCCUGUGUAUAUUGCAAGUGCCGAGAUUCUUCUCGCGUUGAGGAUAUGGGCUUCCUGGAACCGGAGUCAUAAGAUCUUCAUGGUUUUGUGUGGCGCUGCUGUUGGGUUAUCUAUCGCUAUGAUUAUAUUCUGUGUUCACCUAGGCUCUGAGCUUCCGAAGCCAUUGGAUCAGUCAAUUUACAUGGGGGGAACACCUAGUUGUGCGCUUGAAUUACCGCUAAGGGUUGCGAUUGAGUACGGCUUUUUGAUGGCCUAUGAACUCAAUCUAAGCUUUGGUUCCAACGGGAAAGUUCUAUUUGGCUUGACCACGUACAGGUGGUAUCAGUUCCACUCGACUAGGUCUCGGUUUGUUCGUUUAGCAUACAGGGACGCACUGGUUUACCUGAUGUUUAUGAUGGAUAACGACUGCUCCCAUGUAUCGGACUGCAUAUUUCAACAGGUAGUUGUCCACAGCAUUUUCAGUACCAGAAUAUGGUUCCGCCUACGUGCAUGUGCAGCAGAAGGAUACCAGAGCAUCCCUCUUAUGAGCAUUGACACGACUCAUGUUGCGCGUAGGUCCGAGGGACGUGUAAAAUUUGACAAAUCCCGUGUGGCUGUUGAAUAA